AUGGAGUUCCUUCAACCCGCCUACCAGCCCAUCGGCCUCUAUGACUCUUUCACGGCUCGCCAGACCGAGGUCCUCGUGAUCGAUGAGAAGCUCAUGUCCCUCUCGGGAGAUAGCUUCGACAUCCGCCUGGCCAGCGGCAUGCCCCUGCUCAAGGUCAAGGGUAACCUCCUGUCUCUCAGCGGCCGCAAGGAUGUCACCGACGUGCUCGGCAACCACAUGUUCACCAUCUCCAAGCGAGUCCUGAGCCUCCACGCCACCUUUGCCGUCACCAACUCUCAGGGACAGCUGAUUAUGGAGGUGAAGAACAGUUUGGUCCAGCUGAUCGGAUCCAAGGCCACGAUUACCUUUACCUCCCUGCGAACGGGCAAGUACGAGACUUUUGUCAUGCGCGGCAACUGGCGAUCCUCCAAAGCCGACAUCGUCGACGAGGCCACGGGCUUCGUCAUGGCCCGCAUCAAGCGAGAUCGCACGGCGAAGCACUAUCUCAUGGGCGCCCAGACCUACACCGUCACGGUCGCUCAAGGCGUCGACAUGGCCCUCGUGUCGGCCAUGUGCAUCUGCCUCGACGAGAAGAACGAGUGA